AUGACGGGCGUUCUCCGGGACUACUUGGUGGUGCUUUUUUGGGAAUCACUGCUGGGGCCCACGGGGGCCAAGCUUGGCUCGGAUGAGAAGGAGCUGAUCCUGCUGGUUAUGGAAAGUCGUGGAUCUGGGCCAACAAGAAGACACAGAAAGGGGUUUAACCAGUCAGUGAGCAAUGAACUAAAUAUUGGGGUAGGAACCUCUUUCUGUCUCUGUACUGAUGGGCAGCUUCAUGUCAGGCAAAUCCUGCAUCCGGAGGCUUCCAAGAAGAAUGUAUUAUUGCCUGAAUGCUUCUAUUCCUUUUUUGAUCUUCGAAAAGAAUUCAAGAAGUGUUGCCCUGGCUCACCUGAUAUUGAUAAACUGGAUGUUGCAGCAAUGACAGAGUGUUUAAAUUUUGAGAAGAAUAGUUCAGUGUCCCGGUAUGGAGCCUCUCAAGUUGAAGAAAUGGGGAAUAUAAUUUUAGCAAUGAUUUCAGAGCCUUACAAUCACAGGUUUUCAGACCCAGAGAGAGUCAAUUACAAAUUUGAAAGUGGCACUUGCAGCAAGAUGGAACUUGUUGACGACAACACGGUAGUCAGAGCCCGGGGUUUGCCAUGGCAGUCUUCGGAUCAAGAUAUUGCAAGAUUUUUCAAAGGACUCAAUAUUGCCAAGGGAGGCGCAGCACUCUGCCUGAAUGCCCAGGGUCGGAGGAAUGGAGAGGCUCUGGUUAGAUUUGUGAGCGAGGAGCACAGAGACCUCGCACUGCAGAGGCACAAACAUCACAUGGGGACUCGGUACAUAGAGGUUUACAAAGCAACAGGUGAAGAUUUUCUUAAAAUUGCUGGUGGUACAUCCAACGAGGUAGCCCAGUUUCUCUCCAAGGAAAAUCAAGUCAUUGUCCGCAUGCGGGGGCUCCCGUUCACAGCCACGGCUGACGAAGUGGUGGCCUUCUUUGGACAGCAUUGCCCCAUCACUGGGGGGAAGGAAGGCAUCCUCUUUGUUACCUACCCAGAUGGCAGGCCAACAGGGGAUGCUUUCGUCCUCUUUGCUUGCGAGGAGUAUGCACAGAACGCACUGAGGAAGCAUAAGGACUUGUUGGGUAAAAGAUACAUUGAACUCUUCAGGAGCACAGCAGCUGAAGUUCAGCAGGUGCUGAAUCGAUUCUCCUCGGCCCCUCCUCUCAUUCCACUUCCGACCCCGCCCAUUAUUCCAGUACUACCUCAGCAGUUUGUGCCCCCUACAAACGUUAGAGACUGUAUACGCCUUCGAGGUCUUCCCUAUGCAGCCACGAUCGAGGACAUCCUGGACUUUCUCGGGGAGUUUUCCACAGAUAUUCGAACUCAUGGAGUUCACAUGGUAUUGAAUCACCAGGGCCGCCCAUCAGGAGAUGCCUUUAUCCAGAUGAAGUCUGCGGACAGAGCAUAUUUGGCUGCACAGAAGUGUCAUAAAAAAACCAUGAAGGACAGAUAUGUUGAAGUCUUUCAGUGUUCAGCUGAGGAGAUGAACUUUGUGUUAAUGGGGGGCACUUUAAAUCGAAAUGGCUUAUCCCCGCCGCCAUGUAAGUUACCAUGCCUGUCUCCUCCUUCCUACACAUUUCCAGCUCCUGCAGCUGUGAUUCCUACGGAAGCGGCCAUUUAUCAGCCCUCUCUGCUUUUGAAUCCACGAGCACUGCAGCCCUCCACAGCAUACUACCCAGCGGGCACCCAGCUCUUCAUGAACUACACAGCCUACUAUCCCAGCCCCCCAGGUUCGCCCAAUAAUCUUGGCUACUUCCCUACAGCUGCUAAUCUUAGCGGUGUCCCACCACAGCCUGGCACGGUGGUCAGAAUGCAGGGCCUGGCCUACAAUACUGGAGUUAAGGAAAUUCUUAACUUCUUCCAAGGUUACCAGUGUUUGAAAGAUGUAUGGUGAUCCUGAAACCAUCAGACACCUCAUCAACUUCAAGCAACUUCAGGGGAAGUUUGUCUACACUCAGGCUGCAGUAUUUUCAGCAAACAUGAUUGGACAGUGGGCCUGUGCCCUAUCUUUUGGUGGAGUGGAAAAUUUGAGCCAGUGAAGCCAAAUCCUUCUAGAAGCAGAAUGCCUGGCUCCUUGCUGAUUGCAUUUAAAAUGUGAAAUGGAAAUUGGAUGUCUCCAUUACUUCCAGCCAACGCAGCAUCAUAGGUGUUUCUUAAGUUUCAUGCCUUGGGAGGAAAAAUACUCCACUUACAUGUCUACCAUCUCCACCAAAAACUCUGUUAUGCAAACUUCAUUUUUGUGUGUUCCCACUCUUCUCUCCAUCUCCCUACUUUCUACACAAUCAUGUCCUCUUACUAAGUAAUUCAAGAAAAAGGUCUUGGAAUACUUAAAUCACAAACUUAGAAAUAAAACUGAUAUUUUCUUAGUUUCCUGGCCAUGAUGAUAUCUCAUAGUUAAAAAAAAAAAAAAAACACAAUGAAAACAAUUUUAAAAUAACUUGGGAUA